AUGUCAGACCAGAAGCCAGUCGAACAAACCCCUGCUGAACCCGAGAAGGGCGAGGCUGUGGAAGCUACCGACAAGCCCGCUGAGACUCCCGCUCCUGUCACCGAAAACACCGACAAGGAUGUUGCACCCCAGGCAGAUGAACCCGCCAAUUGCGAGAAUCUCAAGGCUGAGGAGCCUACCCAAGAUGCUUCUGCUGCCACUGCUGCUGCACCGGAGUCUGAAGCCACGCCUGAGGAGCAGAAACCUCAGAAGCCCGCAUACCUGACCAAUAUUCCGUCCCUUGAACAAUUCUUUGACCACCUUCCCGAGAUUCUCCGCAAGACCGGCUAUAAUGAGAUGUGGGGUGUUUCCCUGAAGGGUAGCGAGGACAUCCCUACCGUCAAUGUACUGAUCAAGUUCCUGCGUGCCAACGAGGGCAACCUCCAGGCAGCGGAGGAUCAACUGGCCAAAGCUCUCGAGUGGCGCAAGGAGACGAACCCACUUGAGUUGGUUGAGUCCGGGCGAUACAGCGCGACCAGAUACGGUGGCCUGGGUUACCUGACGACAUACGAGGAGGACGGUCGCCCUCUGGUGUUCACAUGGAACAUUUACGGUGCAGUGAAGGACAUGACAGCAACAUUUGCGGAUGCUGACGAGUUCGUCAAAUGGCGUGCUGCCCUGAUGGAGAUGGCCGUGCAAGAUCUGAAGAUGAAGGAUGCCACUUCCGUUAUCGACUACGACGGCGAAAAGGAUCCCUACCAGAUGAUUCAGGUCCACGACUACCUCAACGUAAAGUUCUUUCGCAUGGACCCCAGCGUUCGGACUGCUACCAAGAAGGUCAUCGAUGUAUUCUCCACCGCCUACCCUGAGCUAUUGCGGGAGAAGUUCUUUGUCAACGUCCCUGCUAUCAUGGGUUGGAUGUUCACUGCCAUGAAGCUCAUUCUGAGCCGCAACACCACUCGCAAGUUCCACCCCAUCACCAAUGGCGUCAAUCUGGCUCGUGAGUUCCCUACUUCCGUGGCAGACAAGAUCCCCAAGGCCUACGGUGGAAAGGGAGCGGAUCUGAAAGACGAGGCACGGGCUGUUCCGUUGGUCGAGGACAAGGAAGAGAAGAAGACGAACGAGGGAACCAAGCCUACAGACGCUGCGGGCGAGAGCACUGCUCAAGAAAGCCCUGCCAAGACUGAGGAGCCAGCAAAGACUGAGCCUACUCAGGAUACCACCGAGGAGGAGCCCGUUAAAGAGGAGGAGCCUAAGCUUGAUGCGAAAGAAGAUUCCAAGUAG